AUGGGCUCCUUUGAUUGUUACUGCGCUAUCUGUGGUGGCUCCCUGACGGGUGCUGGGGCAGGUUCUGCUGACCCUCGCGCCCUGGCACAACGUCGACGACGCGUGGAGAGAAAGCGGCAAGCGCUGCUAGCUGGGGAGGAACCCCCACCAGACUCCGACUCUGAGGCAAGUGGCGACGAGACUGAGGAAGACUUCGAUGCACUAGAAGAGGAGUACAGUUACGACCCCGAGCUGGUCAGCGAAGAGGGUUUGGAGUGGCUUGAAGUUGUUCGUGGCUUGGGAAUAGACGAGAAAACGAACAAAGCGUUUCUCUCAGGCGAGGGACACUAUAUGGAGCAGGGCUGCAUUUAUGUCCCCGUGGGAGAUGAUGAGGACUUUACGAAAUUCAGCGGAUAUAAUACCUCUGACGCAGCGUUCCCCGUUCACGUACCCUGUUUCAAAUUGCUCACCUGGACCUUCACUGGUGAUCUGAACGCAGAAGAGGAAAUCGAUAAAGACGAUCUGCGCGGCAGCUUUAGUGCUCUUGAGGGUGGGAAGAGUUUGGACAUUGAUCAUGGUCCUAUAGAAGGGGCCGCCCAAUUCUGGGAAAGUAUACGAGGAGAAGAGUUUGCUGUCACGAACCCAAUAGAAAUUCCUGGUUUGAGUGACUUUUUAAAGGCCAAGCUUGACUCGGGCACGUUCCAGCGACCUUCGACAAACCGUGAAUUACGUCCAAAUGUGGUGGCUGACCCAUUCAGCCAAUUGCCAUAUGAUGUGCUGCAUCUAGUUCUUAAACGGCUGCCAGGAAGCUCAGUGCCCGCAUUGGCCACAGCAUCCUGGACGGUUCAAGUAGCUACUCACCACAGCUCAUUUUGGGAAAUGAUGCUGCGGCGCGAGAUGCCAUGGUUUUGGGAACUGUUCGAACUCCUUGAGGAUGAGAGAUACUCUAAAACGGGCUGUAAACGCCUUUUUCUCUGGUUGGAUAAAGAGCUGUCUGUUAUGUAUGGGCUACGGGGCCCCCUCAUGGGCAUCGCAAACCGCAAGCGCAUCUGGGGGCCUUGUCUGCAAAUUCGGGAAGCUAGUUGCAAUAGCUAG